CUCCAUACCUGCGCCCAGGUGCGGUCGCUUUGCAUCUCUCGGUCGCUCCGCUCCCCGGAUGCAGCGGGCCCAGGCGGCGUCCGGAGGAGACCCACCCGGGGCCGAGUUCCCAAUGGAGCCCUUGGGGAGCCAGGUCGCGGGGCUAGAGCAGCCGCAGGUGCCCGUAGAGGAGCGACGGCUCGAGAGUCCCGAGAGCAGCCCGAGUCUGGCCCGCGCCGUAAAGGAAGCGGCGGGCGCAGGCCAGGACCUCUCCGGCGGGAAGAAGCUGCCCCCGCCUCGCCCGGCGCUCCUGCGGCUCCCGGCCCCCAGCCUGGGCUACGGCGCCUUCCGCCGCCAGGCCUCCGCCGGCUCCGAGCCGCCGUCGCCCGGCCCCACCGCGGCCGAGCAGCCCCGGGCCGGCGAGGCGCCGGGGGCCGAGCUGGCGCCCGGGGAGCCGCCGCAGGGCACCUGGGCCCCGGUGGAACUGCAGGUGGACGUGCGCGUCAAGUCCGUGGGCGUGGCGGGUGGCAGUCGCGCGCCCUCGCCGGCGCCGUCCCCGCGCUUCCUCACCGUGCCGGUGCCCGAGUCCCCGGCCUUCUCCCGCCACGCCUUUCCCGCCCUCCCGCUCCUGCAGCGGACCCCCGCCCGGCCGGAGCGCGGCCUCGACGCCGAGGGCCGGGCGAGCCCCGCCGACGGGCGCUCGGAGCCCCCGGGCUCCCCCACGUGCCGCGGCCGCUGCAGGGAGCUGGGGCUGGAGAAGGAGGAGGACGCCGCGCUGCUGCACCGCGCCGAGACGGGCGGCGACGACAAGCUGCCCCGGGCCAUAAAGCUCAUAGGGCUGCCUCUGUACAUGAAGUCCCUGCGCUGGGCCCUGGCGGUCAUGGCUGUGUUUCUGGCCGUGUCCGCAGUCGCCAUCGUGGCUCUGGCUUCUAGAGCAGGGAUCAGGUGCCGGCCGUGCCCCCAGGGCUGGAUGUGGUCCGAGGAGCACUGCUACUACGUCUCUACCGAAGCUCAGGCCUGGGAGGCCAGCCAGGCGUUCUGCUCAGCUCACCAGGCUACCCUCCCGCUGCUGAGCCACACCCAGGACUUCCUGAGCAGAUACCCAGUCACCAAGUACUCCUGGGUGGCGGCCCGGCGAGGCCCCCAGGGCUGGCACUGGAUCGACGGGGCCCCACUAUCGCCCCCACUGCUCCCGGAGGAAGAGGAGGACAAGCCGGAGCUCAAGUGUGGGGGCCUGGAGGGAGGCAAGCUGGUAGCUUUGGACUGUGCCUCUCCAAGACCAUGGGUCUGCGCCAAGGGGACCAAGUGACUUGGGUUCCGCCCGUCCUGAGACUUGGGGGCAUGCAGCGCCCCCAGGGGAACCUAGGUUGCUAGCUGUCGCAGCCUCUUCCCUGGACCCAGACUUCGGGGUCUCCCUGCUCUGUGCUCAGGGGGCCCUUUCUGAGCCAACCAGGGACUGGACUUCCGGCUCAGGCAGGUCACGUCCAAGGGCGAGGAGGCUUUCUGUGGCCCUUCCAGCUUCUGAAGCGGUUCCCUUGGAAUGGUUUCUCUAGCAUUUUUGAGCCUAGGUUUCUCCCUCAUUAAAAUGGCCAUUUCCCAUCCUCUCCGUCACC